AUGGAGAUCGGACCGGAGGCGGAGGCUGCAUCGGCGUCCUCCUCUUCCGCGGUGCCAUUGAAGUCCAAUUCAACAUCAUCGGUGGCUUCUUCGCCGGGUUCAAAGAGCUAUAAUGAUAUAAACAAUAGUGGUAAGUACGAUUUUCUGGAUGACGAUGAGGAGGGAGAUGUUUGCCGGAUCUGCCGGAACCCAGGUGAUGCUGAUAAUCCGUUGAGAUAUCCUUGCGCUUGCAGCGGCAGCAUAAAAUUUGUACACCAGGAUUGCUUACUUCAGUGGCUGAAUCACAGUAACGCCCGCCAAUGCGAGGUCUGCAAACAUCCAUUUUCGUUCUCUCCAGUUUAUGCUGAAAAUGCUCCGGCAAGGCUUCCUUUUGAGGAAUUUGUUGUCGGAAUAGCUAUGAAGGCCUGCCAUGUUAUGCAGUUCUUUUUGCGCCUCAGUUUCGUACUUUCAGUUUGGCUUCUCAUUAUUCCUUUUAUUACCUUUUGGAUAUGGCGACUGGCAUUUGUUAGAAGUUUUGGCGAAGCACAGAGAUUAUUUUUGAGUCACUUAUCUACAAUAGUCAUUCUGACUGAUUGUCUGCAUGGAUUUCUGCUCUCUGCAAGCAUUGUAUUCAUAUUUCUUGGGGCAACUUCUCUAAGAGAUUACUUCAGGCAUUUACGAGAACUUGGAGGACAGGAUGUCGACAGAGAAGAUGAAGGUGACAGAAAUGGAGCUCGUGCUGCAAGAAGGCAUGCUGCUCAAGUCAAUAGAAAUAUUGUUGGUGAUGGGAAUGGUGAUGAUAAUGCUGGAGCACAAGGAAUUGCAGGAGCUGGUCAGAUAAUACGCAGGAAUGCAGAAAAUGUUGCUGCUCAGUGGGAGAUGCAGGCUGCUCGUCUUGAGGCUCGUGUUGAACAGAUGUUUGAUGGCUUGGAUGAUGCUGAUGGUGCAGAGGAUGUACCUUUUGAUGAACUGGUUGGCAUGCAGGGACCUGUAUUCCAUUUGGUUGAAAAUGCAUUCACAGUUCUAGCGAGCAAUAUGAUUUUCCUUGGAGUUGUGAUCUUUGUGCCUUUCUCAUUAGGACGUGUUAUACUCUACUAUUUAUCCUGGAUUUUGUCUUCUGCUACUGGUCCUGUAUUAUCUUCUGUCAUGCCACUUACGGAAUCGGCGCUGGCCUUGAAGAAUGCAGUGACUGCAGUUAUGAAUUUGACGUCUGAUAACCAGGAAGAUAGUUUGCUUGGACAGGUAAGUGAGAUGCUGAAAGUAAAUGUAACAGGAAAUAAUGAAGUAUCUGGCAACCUAAGCUCAGCUAUUGCAAACGAUAUCUUGAAAGUGCAAUCUGCUGGGGUUUCACGGCUUUCUGAUGUGACUACUCUUGCUGCUGGCUACAUGUUCAUAUUCUCGUUGGUCAUUUUCUAUGUUGGAAUUGUUGCCGUAAUACGGUAUACUAAAGGAGAGCCUUUGACCAUGGGAAGGUUCUAUGGCAUUGCUUCAAUUGCAGAAACUAUUCCAUCCCUCUUCAGGCAGUUUGCUGCUGCAAUGAGACAUUUAAUGACUAUGGUUAAGGUUGCUUUCCUUCUUGUUAUUGAACUUGGGGUUUUUCCUUUGAUGUGCGGAUGGUGGCUGGAUGUUUGUACUAUUAGGAUGUUUGGGAAGACAAUUUCGCAAAGAGUUGAAUUUUUCUCAGUCUCGCCACUGGCAAGUUUUUUGGUUCAUUGGGUUGUUGGAAUUGUCUACAUGCUGCAAACCAGUAUAUUUGUCAGCCUUCUUCGAGGGGUUCUACGCAGUGGAGUUCUAUAUUUUCUUCGUGAUCCAGCUGAUCCUAAUUACAAUCCAUUCCGUGAUCUGAUUGAUGAUCCUGUACACAAGCAUGCUCGUAGAGUUCUGUUGUCUAUAGCUGUUUAUGGGAGUUUGAUAGUGAUGUUAGUAUUUUUACCAGUUAAACUUGCAAUGCGAAUGGCUCCCUCCAUUUUUCCACUAGAUAUUUCAGUGUCUGAUCCAUUUACUGAAAUUCCUGCUGACAUGCUUCUCUUCCAAAUAUGCAUUCCUUUUGCUAUUGAGCAUUUUAAGCUGCGGAGUACUAUCAGAUCCCUUCUGCGCUAUUGGUUUGUAGCUGUGGGCUGGGCACUUGGUUUAACGGACUUUUUACUCCCAAAACCAGAGGACAAUGGUGGCCAAGAAAAUGUAAAUCAGAAUCCAAGGAGAGGACAUGCACAGUUUGGCGCAGAGGAACAAGCCAUAUUACUAGCCUCACAGGCAGUAAUAGGUGGCAUGGAGGAGCCGGCUGAUCAAGAAAGGCAGAGGUUUGUACUUCGCAUUGUGCUGCUGUUAUUGGUAGCUUGGAUGACGCUACUUGUUUUCAACUCUGCAUUGAUAGUUGUGCCCAUUUCACUUGGGCGGACGCUCUUCAAUGCCCUUCCACUCCUUCCAGUAAGCCAUGGCAUCAAGUGCAACGAUUCAUAUGCUUUUGUCAUUGGAAGCUAUGCCAUUUGGACUGCCUUGGCUGGAGCAAGAUAUUUUAUUGACCAUAUUCGGACAAGGAGAACUACAGUUUUGCUUGGCCAGGUUUGGAAAUGGUGUGGCAUCAUUCUCAAGAGUUCUGCACUGUUGUCAAUAUGGAUUUUUGUCAUUCCUGUGUUAAUCGGACUUCUGUUUGAACUUCUGGUAAUCGUGCCUAUGCGGGUUCCUGUGGAUGAAAGUCCAGUUUUCCUUUUGUAUCAGGAUUGGGCCCUCGGACUAAUCUUUUUAAAGAUCUGGACAAGAGUGGUUAUGUUGGGCAACAUGAUGCCACUGGUGGAUGAAAGCUGGCGUAUAAAAUUUGAAAGGGUGAGGGAAGAUGGCUUCUUUAGAUUGCAAGGUCUUUGGGUGCUGCGUGAGAUUGUUUUCCCAAUCGUUAUGAAGCUGCUUACUUUAUUAUGUGUUCCCUAUGUUUUAGCAAGAGGCGUGUUUCCGGUAUUUGGGUACCCGUUAGUGGUGAACUCAGCUGUCUAUCGAUUUGCCUGGUUGGGGUGCCUUAGCUUUAGUCUGCUGUUCAUCUGUGCCAAGCGGUUCCAUGUCUGGUUCACCAACCUCCACAAUUCUAUACGCGAUGACCGGUAUUUGAUUGGUCGUAGACUCCACAAUUAUGGGGAUAACUUAGACGAGAAGCAAACCGGUCCUCAUGUUGUCCUAGAGGAUCAAAGUUCAAAUGCAAGUGAUAUUGGCAUGAUUCAGCAGAAUCAGGAAGCUGCAGAUAUAGGGAUGAGGCAGAGGCAUAUUGUUCGUCCGGAUGCUUAA